AACUCCACUUGUAAUCGCAUUUCUCUCGUUGACCAUUUUGACUCGUCUUCUGUGACCACAACACCAAACCAUGGCGGCGGCGUCUCUCCGAUCUGUAAACCCUACAUUACCCCGAACCCUAGCUUCUCCCACAAGGUCUCCUCCCUUCCAAUCACCAUUCCUCAGAUUCGCUCCCGCCUCCACCACCUCCUUCAACCUCAAACCCCUCGUCACUGCCCCCGCACCAUCCUCCUCCCCCUUCGUCACCCGCUCCGCCGCAGCCUCGCCGCAAGAGAGAAAAACCUUCCACGGCCUCUGCUACGUCGUCGGCGACAACAUCGACACAGACCAGAUCAUCCCCGCCGAGUUCCUCACCCUCGUCCCCUCCAACCCCGACGAGUACCAGAAGCUCGGCUCCCACGCGCUGGUCGGGCUCCCGGCCUCGUACGAGGACCGGUUCGUGGAGCCGGGGGAGACGAAGACGAAGUACUCGAUCGUCAUCGGCGGGGAGAACUUCGGGUGCGGGUCGUCGAGGGAGCACGCUCCGGUGUGCUUGGGAGCGGCGGGGGCGAAGGCGGUGGUGGCGCAGUCGUACGCGAGGAUCUUUUUCAGGAACUCGGUGGCGACGGGGGAGAUUUAUCCGUUGGACUCGGAGGUUAGGGUGUGUGAUGAGUGUAGGACGGGGGAUGUGGCGACGGUGGAGUUGAGGGAAGGGGAUAGUGUUUUGAUUAAUCAUACGACGGGGAAGGAGUAUAGGCUUAAGGCUAUUGGUGACGCUGGGCCUGUGAUUGAUGCUGGUGGGAUCUUUGCGUAUGCGAGGAAGGCUGGGAUGAUUCCUUCUGCAGCUGCUGCUUGAUUUCUCCGACAGGGACCGGACCAUGCAUGUCGAUGAGAGUUGAUCUUAAGGUUAAGUAAUUCUCAGCUUCCCCUCUUCCAUUACAAUAAAGAGAACAAUAAGUAUGUCUGUUUCAAGAAUUUAUGAACCUAAUUGCGUUAUGGAUGUAUAUGACUAUCGGUUUACUCUUCUGUUUCAGUUUAUAUAUCUAUUACAUUUGGAUGUUA